AUGACUUGGAAUUGGUUUGGGAAGAUACCCGAGCAGAUUGUGCAGGCAUUCAGUGAUGGUGUCAAGGAUGUGUUUGACAACUUUGAUUGGGACACUCUCAAAUUCAAAUUCGAAGGCAUAGACCUGAGUGAGCAAUCUGUGUUGGAAGAUGAGGGGGAUCAUGCCAAGUCGAGCCAGUCACCUUCCCCUCCAUCUUCUUCUUCACCAAACCAUAGCAGGAAAGGUUGCAUUAAAUGUGUGCGCCUCGUAGUUCACUGGUCUGCAACAGAAGUGGGCCUUUCAGACAGCAAUGACUUUCCCAUUAUGGAGGCAGGCCUUUCAGACAGCAGUGACUUUCCCAUUAUGGAGCUAUGCUAUAUAUACAUGGUUAUGCAGCUAUGCUAUUACACAUAG